GUAAAUUUAUACUCGACUAUCACACGUAUUCCUUCAAUAUUGGAGGUGUGCCUUUUUCUUUCGUUCUAGAAAUUUAUAGGAAAAAUGGAGCUGGGAUAUUUAUUGACGUUGCUUGUUAUGUCAAUAACUUGUCAGGCUGAAGCGAAUUCAAUGUUUGGUUGGAUUUGGGGAAAGGCUAACGAGGAGAGCACUGUUUUAGUCGCCGAUGGUGUACCAUUGGUUGCAAUUCCCUAUGAAUCCAUGACAGAGGAUGAAAAAUUUCUGCAGGAAGCGGCAAAAUUCACAGAGAUCCAAGUGUCAUCGCCGUUGGAAACUUGCCAGCAUAAAGUCAUCAUGAAGAUUAGAACUUCCUGCUCUGAGAUGACCGAAGAACAACUUGCCAAAUUGAGUGUCAAUCUUUUGAACUGCCAAGCUGCAGUGGAAGGCAGGAAAAUGUUUCCUUGCACUGAAGAAAUGUCCCUGAAACAAUGCACAACAGAUAUGGACGCAGAUAUGUGGAAUGCGUAUCAUUUAAUGAGUAACAGAGCAAGGGCAGUUUGUUAUGCAGCUCGUGGUACGCAAUUUCGUGCUCUCACAGAAUUGACGGUAAACAAAUUGAUGCAAACCGCGCACACGCAAAUUAAAACAUUGGGUUCCUUGAAGGAAAGCCAAGAUCGUUUAGAAGAGCAAACGGUACAAGCAUUGGACUCCUUGUCUAAAGGGAACGAAGCACUCUUGGAGCAACAGCAACAUUUGAAAGACGCACAAGCAUCGGCUCAGAAACUAGUAACAUCGAAUCUGAGAGAAUUGAGUAAUGAAAAAGCAUUGAUCAGGAUGGGUCACGCUCAGUUGGCAGUAAUGGCAGAAGACAUCAAGAAUAAAUUGGCCGAAGCAAGUAAAAGUUUAGAGGAUCAGGCAGUCGAGCAUAGUAACAAUCAUAAGGAAAUACUUGAGGAUUUGACAAACAUUCAAGAACAAGCCCAGUUCAUUUGGGACAAAAUCGAAACCAGUACCAAUCGUAUAUUCGAACAGCACGAAGAAGCACUGGUGCAGUAUGAGCAAACUUUAGAGAAGCUAGCUCAGAUUAAUGAUACAAUUCAGUUCCUCUGGAAUAUAACAAACACCAUGCGUGCAGAAGUGGAUCAGAAGCUUAAUUGGCUGACCAAUUAUAUCGGCGACACAGGGGAACAGAUGCACAAAAUGUAUUGUACGGGGUUGCAUGUUGUUUACUUGCUGUGCGCUAUGAUAAUCGCCGCGUUUCUCCAUGCACCGUUCAUCACCAGGCUUACUAUAAUGGGUUUAGUGCCAUUGAAUUUAUUAUCGUACUUGAAACAUGGCAUGGAAGCUUGCUUGGACUUCACAUCGAUGACUGUACUAAUAUUCCUCAUCACAACCAUGCACUUCCUGAUGACCGGAAUCCAACGUAUUUGCGGACCAAAGGCGAAGACAGUGCGUUCCGAACCGGUGCAAAUCAUCAAUGAAAAUGGUCCCGUAAACGGUGCUGUACACAGCUAUGUCUCCUCGAGUGCAAACACUCAGUCGCUUCGGGAAUCUUCGAUGUCUUUGUACUCGAAGCUGAAAAGAAACACACGGAACGUUUACAACGCUAUUUACAAUCAGACAAAUCAUUGUAUACAAAAAAGUGGUGCCUUACUGCAAUCCGCAGUUUCUUGGAGUCGGCAAAGUUUCACGCAACGGGAGGAGCUGUCCUGCUCUUACGUGCCCUCGAAGAAGCAACGGGAGGACCUUGUGUACAAUUAUCACCGCGAGUUUCCCAGCAUGAUCUCCGAUGACGUCACCGAUUUCGAGAAUUCCAACGUGAUGAGCGAAAGAAACGACAGCACCGAUGAUCUUGACAAUUUGAUAGAUGCGAAUGAACUGAGGCGACGCUUGAGGAGAGUAGAAGGCUCCCUGAGCAGAUCCUCUCGCGUUCCAGGUUCUCCCUCCAGAAGCGUCACUCCGUCGUACGCAUCGUCUAGAAUGUUGUGCAACGCUAUGACGAAAAGCGGCCGAAAGUGUCGUAUCGUCGCCAGCGUUGGCCACCAAUUUUGCACAAGACAUAAGAACGGAUCGUCCAUAUUUGGGGACUGAAACAAUCGCAUUAGAUACUUAAGUGUUUCGUUGCUAGGCUAAGGCUGCUCAUAAGAUACUUUUUUUAAAACUGGACGAAUAUUGUAACAAUUCACAUUUUAUGAUAUUUAUACGGACUAGUAUAAGGAACGGAAAUGGAACAUUGGAAUGGUACGUUUUAUCUGAUUUUGUAAAUAUUCAUAUUGUGUACCCGUGUGCCUUAAAUUAUAUAUUUUCGCGUAGUCAGUCGUUUAGAGGGAACGAGGAUCGUCGACGUUCGGUUUAAUGUAAUUUAUUUUUG